GCGCAUUCCCGUGGUCUUAUGCGCCUUCCUCCUCCUGACAGCCUGUGGUUUGUGUUAUCAACGUGGUACUUGGCUACAACUCUUCUCUUUUCCCUCGACACGACAAGACUUCUCUCGGAAAGACCCCAGACAUGCUGUCGUUGACGCUGAGGCAGUUUGCGCGUCCCUUGGUGCGCCGCCUGCCCUGUGCCACCGUGGCCGGCGCCCGCGGUCAGCACGCCCAGCCCGUGGCCCAGCGGAGCGAGGGGCCGCAGUGGACCGGACGGGAGAGCCUGGCCGCCGACGACCCCGAGAUGUGGGACCUGGUGCAGAAGGAGAAGGACCGGCAGCUGCGCGGCCUGGAGCUCAUCGCCUCGGAGAACUUCUGCAGCAGGGCUGCCCUGGAGGCCAUGGGCUCUUGUCUCAACAAUAAGUAUUCAGAGGGAUAUCCGGGGAAGAGGUACUACGGUGGCGCGGAAGUGGUCGACCAGAUUGAGCUGCUCUGCCAGAAGAGAGCCCUGGAGGCCUUUGACCUGGACCCCAAAUGCUGGGGGGUCAACGUGCAGCCCUACUCCGGCUCCCCUGCCAAUUUCGCCGUGUACACGGCCGUCCUGCAGCCUCACGACCGCAUCAUGGGGCUCGACCUGCCCGACGGUGGCCACCUCACUCAUGGCUACAUGUCUGACGUCAAGAGGAUUUCAGCCACAUCUAUUUACUUCGAGUCCAUGCCGUACAAGCUGAAACUCGAGACCGGAAUAAUCGACUACGACCAGCUGGAGGUGACGGCCCGACUCUUCCGUCCCCGGCUGAUCAUCGCGGGAACCAGCGCGUACGCCCGCCUCAUCGACUACGCCAGGAUGAAAAAGGUAUGCUCUGACGUAAACGCGUACCUGCUGGCGGACAUGGCUCAUAUCAGUGGCCUGGUGGCAGCCAAGGUGAUUCCCUCCCCGUUUGAACAUGCUGACAUUGUCACCAGCACCACACACAAGACCCUCCGUGGAGUCAGGUCCGGGCUGAUCUUUUACCGUAAGGGGGUGCGCUCCGUGGACAAGAAGGGCAAGGAGGUGAUGUACGACCUGGAGGACCGCAUCAACUUCUCCGUCUUCCCCUCGCUGCAGGGCGGCCCGCACAACCACACCAUCGCAGGGGUGGCCGUGGCACUCAGGCAGGCUGCCAUGCCCAUGUUUAAGGAGUACUCUGCCCAGGUCCUGCGCAACGCCAAGGCCAUGUCCAACGCCCUGCUGAAGAAGGGCUACACACUGGUGUCAGGCGGUACAGACAAUCACCUGGUUCUGGUUGACCUGAGGCCAAAGGGGAUGGAUGGCGCCCGGGCAGAGAGGGUGCUGGAGCUGGUGUCCAUCACUGCCAACAAGAACACCUGCCCUGGGGACAAGAGUGCCCUCACCCCCGGGGGGCUAAGACUGGGAGCCCCGGCUCUGACGUCCCGGCACUUCAAGGAAGCGGACUUUGAGAAGGUGGUGGACUUCAUGGAUGAGGGCUUUCAGAUCGCAAUCGAUGUGAAGAAGAAGACAGCCAAGCUCCAGGACUUCAAGACAUUCCUGCUGCAGGACCCCGAGACCAAGGCCAGGAUUGCAGACCUACGGCAGAGGGUGGAGCAGUUCGCCCGCUCCUUCCCCAUGCCUGGGUUCGAGAGUCACUAACCCUCCCAGCGAAGAGGGAGAGAGAGCGCAGUCGGGCACAGAGCCAGCCCCAGUCACCGCAGACCCCAACUUUCUGAUCAGAGAACAGAUAAACCAGAAUUCUCUACCUGAUUGAAUCCUUCCCACUUGAUUGAGCUUGAGACUGAACACUUCAGCGCCACGUCUUAUAUUUCUACAGUUCCGUUCUCGGGCAAACGAAAAAGCAUAGUUACACUCCUUUCCUGUUCAGAAGGCCUGUUGUAUUGUAUUCUAAAGGAGCUGUAUGACGCCAACGUCCUGCAGAAAAACAACCAGAUUAAGUUUUGGAGAGGUCAUCAGCUCUUGUAUAAUAUGGUCACAUGCAUCUCUAAUCCUCCAGAGCCUGAUGGUUAUAGCUUCAGGAAAAAAAAAGUAUUUGACAGUAUUAAUUUACUGUUUGAGCCAAUGAAAGACGUUUGCAGUUCUGCAGUCACCGUGUUUAUUUAAAGGUACCAGUUAAUUACACUGGCUGGCCACCCUCAGAGGUGAGAGUCUGGCACCUUUAGUGCUCCAGGCCCCAGCUGAUGCUCUGGAAGAGAGCCCCUGCUAACCACCCAAUAUGUUUCACUCAUGUAAUUGUCCUUGCAGGAUGACUCAGGACAAAAAAAAAAGUAAAUGUUUUCCAGUUUCUUAUUCCUUGUGAAUGACUUGUUGUGAACUUGA